UUGUCCGAUUCUGAUUCACGGAUUCCUAACGCGUCGGAAUGGAGUAAUAGCGCAAAUAUAGGAAAUAAUGCCAGCGGCCAGUGCUUAGUUGUUAAUAAUCUUGGGCGUGGAGCAGAGGCCCGAAACAUUGGCGCAGAACUGCCUCAAGAUAAACGUACCAAUUAUUUACUGUGACGACGCCCCUUCACCAGCGCCAGCGAAACCAUGUCGGCGUCCAUAACGCAGAAAUUCCACAAGUUGGACAUAAACAGGACGGAAUGGGAGAUCCCGGAGAUAUAUCAGGAACUGCUGCCCGUGGGUUCGGGGGCCUAUGGACAGGUGUCGAAGGCACUGGUUCGGGGCACCAACAUGCAUGUGGCUAUUAAGAAACUGGCGAGACCCUUCCAAUCCGCCGUUCACGCCAAAAGGACCUACAGGGAGCUCCGACUUCUAAAACACAUGGAUCAUGAGAACGUGAUCGGCCUGCUGGACAUUUUCCAUCCACAUCCGGCCAAUGCCUCGCUGGAUAACUUCCAGCAGGUUUACCUGGUCACCCACUUGAUGGACGCGGAUCUGAACAACAUCAUACGGAUGCAGCAUCUGUCCGACGAUCAUGUCCAGUUUUUGGUCUACCAAAUACUCCGGGGACUGAAGUACAUCCACAGUGCCGGAGUGAUCCACCGCGAUUUGAAGCCCUCGAACAUUGCCGUUAACGAGGAUUGCGAGCUGCGGAUCCUGGACUUUGGACUAGCGCGUCCCACGGAGAAUGAAAUGACCGGUUAUGUGGCUACGCGGUGGUACCGCGCCCCCGAAAUCAUGCUCAACUGGAUGCACUACAACCAGACGGUGGAUAUCUGGUCGGUGGGCUGCAUCAUGGCGGAGCUUAUCACCAGACGCACUCUGUUCCCGGGCACCGAUCACAUCCACCAGCUCAACCUGAUCAUGGAGAUGCUGGGCACGCCGCCAGCCGACUUUAUGAAGAAGAUAUCCUCGGAGAGUGCCCGCUCCUACAUCCAGUCUCUGCCACCCAUGAAGAGGCGCAGCUUCAAGAAGGUGUUCGAGAACGCCAAUCCGCUGGCCAUCGAUCUGCUGGAGAAGAUGUUGGAGCUGGACGCCGAGAAGCGGAUCACGGCCGAGGAGGCUCUGGCCCAUCCGUAUCUGGAGAAGUACGCCGAGCCCAGCGAUGAGCAGACCUCUCCGCCGUACGAUCACAGCUUCGAGGACAUGGAUCUGCCAGUGGACAAGUGGAAGGAGCUGAUCUACAAGGAGGUCACCAACUUUAAGCCUCCGCCGUCGUUUGCCCAGGUUCUUAAGGACGUAAAGUGAAACUCAAUCCCCCCAUUAAGGACUUGAAGUAUUAAACAGGGCCACUUAUUUUUGAUACCAUUUAUAUUUACCAAGAACAUUGUUCAAAUGAUGCCUUUCGUACUCAAAUGUAGCUAUUCCUAGUGUUGAGUAUUGUUUUUGUUUUGUACUAUGUUUUAUUAAUUUGUUUUAGCUUGCCACUAAUAUUGUACUGUAUAUUUUACAAUAAAUUCGUUAAAAAAAAAAAAGCUUGAAAUAUGAA